CGCCGGCCACUCGCUUCCUUGGGGACCGGCCAUGUCGGGUCGCGGCAAGGCGGGCGGCGGGAAAGCGCGGGCCAAGGCGAAAUCGCGCUCAUUGCGCGCCGGACUGCAGUUCCCGGUGGGCCGCGUGCAUCGGCUGCUGCGCCGCGGACACUACGCGGAGCGGGUCGGGGCCGGCGCUCCCGUUUACCUGGCGGCGGUGCUGGAGUACCUGACGGCCGAGAUCCUGGAGCUGGCGGGCAACGCGGCGCGUGACAACCGCAAGACGCGCAUCGUCCCGCGGCACGUCCAGCUGGCGGUGCGCAACGACGAGGAGCUCAGCCGCCUCCUGGGCCGCGUCACCAUCGCGCAGGGCGGCGUCCUGCCCAACAUCCCCGCCGCGCUCCUGCCCCGGAAGGCCGCGGCUCAGGGCGGCGGGGCGGCGGGACGGAAGAAGGGCGCCCUCCAGGCCUCGCAGGAGUACUAGGCGCGGCGGCGGCGGCGGAGGAGGAGGAACCGGAGAGCGACCCGAGGCUGCGGAGCCGGACGAGCCGAAGUAGCGGACCCCCUGCGGGCGCCACGUGCUUGGACUCGGUACUGGGCGCGCUCGACCCCAUGGCGGGCUGCCUGCGCCCCGGCAUCCAAUAAAAGGACGUUGAAAGCG